CUCCUGAUCUACUUUGGUUCCCAGAUUCCGCUCGUGUAUUUGUGCUAUUGUGAUUGUUUGUGGUCUCGUGAAAUUCUCGUGAUGUUUUACUGUAAUAUAGGAUGACAGUGUAUUUAUAAUAUUUCUUCUCGUUUUGGCCUCGUAAGGAUUAGUCAAGUACAGGUGCUAAAAGGUGUAAAUUCUAGCAUGGCUACGGCACAAAGAGGAAUGAAAUCCAAACUAAGCGAAAGACAACCACAGCUGAAAUGCCGUAAUAAGUAAGUCCAGACUGCCCAGUAGAUCCUUGUCAUGUCUUUACAAGAGUAGAUUUAUCAUGACACAAUUACUUUGUAUUCACGAGUUUGUUUUUGUCUAUUGUUGUUAAUCUUUAUACUACAACUCUCUUGUAUCUGUAAUUGAUUUAGAAAGUAUUUUAAUCUUACAGUAGCCAACGUUAUUUUUUGUAUAAAUAAAAUAUGUCGAGUAUUUUUCAUUUGCUCACAGAAAAUAUAAAAAAUUCAAAGCGAAACUAUUGCAUAGUUAUGUUAUAUUAGGCCAUGGGAAUUAAUAUUUGAAAUUGCAUCCAACUUUUUUUGUUUAUAUUUAUUAUUUAUAUAUGGUAUAAGUGUAACAUCACAAAUGUGUGAAAGUUUUGUUAUUUCAUUAAAAAAUAUACAAGCAUGCACCACAUAGAAUCUCAGACACACCGAAUAUGACCCAGUCACAUUGGUAGAUUGCAUUUAUUGUCCACAUAGGGGGUUGAGGAAAUCUUUAUACCAGUUAAAUUGUGAACCCCCCCUGGAAUACAGUUUAUUUCCCUUUCCCCCGGAAUUUCCUAGGAAUUACUAUGGUUUCAUUGCCUGACACCCCUGGAAAAUGUCUAUAAUUACGGUGUUCUUUCAGUUGUGGUUUCUAUGGCAACCCGGCAUGGCACGGUUAUUGCUCGUUAUGUUACAAAGCGUUUCUUGCCAAUGAAGCAGCGCACAUGUCAAGUGAAAAAAGUAGCUCACAUGUAGCAAAGUCAAGUUUUGGGACAGGUGAGUUUGUUGAAAAGCCAUUUCAAAAGUGUGGGAUACCUGGGGUUGUUUUUGGAGGGUUAAAAAUAUGCUUGACGGUACAGUAUGAGAAUUAGCAAGCAUUGAAGAAGGGGGCCCGGGGCAAACUCCCCUGAGAAAAUUUGAAUUUCUAAGGUCUCUGCAACACCAUUUCCUGCUUCUGAGGAAUUUUUUACCUAAAUCUGAAAAUUAUAAGAAUAUGGGUUUUGCUUGUCAUUGGAAAAGGUCACUUACAAUCCCGAAAAAGAGGUAGUCACUCCUGCGGUAGGGUGGGACCUGCUCUAUGUGUCCCCACCUAGGAGGUUGCACAUGCCCCACCUACCAUCCUUUUGUUACCCCCAGCGCCUGUCGUACCCCUCACCCCCAGAACGAAUUUGAAUCAAUCAAUAGUUGCAAGAUUAAUCCAUUAUUAUUAAAUUUUAGACCAAGCAUCGCCCAAUGAAGAAACAACAUUGCCGUUUUCUAAGUUUGAGGAGAAAAAGAAAGUACAAAGUACUUCAAAAAAGUAAGUCAGUCCUUAAUCCUUAUGAAGUGAAAAGUGUUCGGUAUUUAUACUGAGCUAAAUUGUAUUCAUUUGAUACAAUUGAACUGUGUGUUCUCUCAGACAAAGUGUGAGAAAGUUGUUCACAAAGACGAAAGGAGGCCUACCAAUAGAAGUGCCUUUAGAAUCUGCGUCAAUACAAUCCAUGAGGAGAAGUGAUAUUGAUGGUAAUGAACUCUUAUGAAUAAACUGUUUGUUGUUUUAUAAGCAGAGCUCAUCACCUCUGACUAAUGUCGAUGUCUUCAUUAUAGGAACGUCGUCAGAUGUGAAUCAAAGUGCUUCAGAUUUCAACAUGUUUCUUAAAACUCUACGUAAACCUGCAGCGCAAGAUAUUGUUGGAAAAUGUAAAUAGUAAGUGAGCAUUAGAAAGUAAAACUAACCCUUUAAGUGCAAUGUGCCCUGAUGCACACCCUAAUUUAUUAUUUUACUCUGUCCAACAGCAGACAAUUUUACUCAUCAGGGGGAGAGUGCUGUCUCUCAAUGGGUUUAGUAUGAUAUUUGUGAUGUGUGUAUAUCCACACCGGGCGAGCUUGAAAAAUAUGCGCGGCCACGGUGGGAAUUGAACCUACGACCUUUGGAAUACUAACCCAAUGCUCUGCCAACUGAGCUACGCGGUCAGGACGGUUCGAGUAAGUGAUCUUUCGUAAACAGAACCUAGUUCCUUCGAUAUCAAUGUAAUCUAGUAAUAUGAUUUUUUCUGUGUUGGUGUUGUGUACUCAGGUGAAUAUGAUAUUUGUGAUGUUACUCUGAGUAUAUAUCCACACCGGGCGAACUUGAAAAAUAUGCCCGGCCACGGUGGGAAUCGAACCUAUGACCUUUGGAAUACUAGCCCAUGCUAGGGUUUAGUAUGAUUGAUGAAUAAGAAUACAUAGUUUGAUUUAAAUGAUAUUUGAUUUAUAUAAAAAGGACAAUUUUUCCAAAAGCCUCAGGCUUAUCUAGGGAAAUCUUGUCAUACAAAAAUAAAUAAGUUCUUUGUAUCUUUGCAGUAAUAAAUUUACGUGGUGUUUCCACAAACAAAACCUAUUAAAAAUAAAUAAGUUACAAAAUUAAUAAAAAUUGACAUCACAUACGGACUAACCUGAAGUUCAGGCCCUAAUUUGAAAUAGGGCCUGACACAAAACCUGUCUAGACCGUGAGACGCCCACAUGUUAUUUUUAGACACACAUGCAAUAUGAUUGACAAGUGUUGUAGAUUUCCGUUACACAAAAAAAUUAUAUUCUCAUGAACAUGUCCGCAGAGCAUUUUGCUUUUUAAUUAAACUUAAAAAUUCAAGGUACUUUUAUAUAAUUAAGAGUCAGUUUCUCUAUUUGACCGAACAGGCGAACAGCAAACAAAGACUUAAUUGGUCAGUUCUAUGCACGGCUUGACUGCCAAGCUUUUUCAAGGUCUCAACUUGCUGGACGCGGAUAUACUCUAACGACUAACGGGCUAAUAACAGCAACAAUUAAAUUCUCAAUCAUACCACGAAGAAGGCGAUGCAGCUCAGAAAACAACGCCGGUAGGACCUGAUAUUAAAAAUAAGACUUUUGCCGGCGAAGCAAGUUGGCAGAACAUCUUGGCUGUCAACAACAAGCUUUCGAAUACAGGACUAGUUUGGCUGUUCUUUCAGCGUCGUUUGACGUGUGUGUCCAAAAUUCGUCAAAGAUUUUGAUGAAGCCCUUUCAAAAUACUGUUUGUUUGAUUUAUUUUCUUCCAUAAAGCAUAAAAGAAAAGAAAUUCGAAGAAAUCGAUAAUGGAAUUUGUUACGUGCGUUUGACCUUUAUAUUAAUUCUCGCCUUGACCGAGCUAUUUUUAAAACUGUUGUUUAUGUGAACUUGCAACCAAUCAAAAUCCUUCAUGACGCUGAUCAACCAAUCAGAUUUCAAUCCCACACUUUAGAUAGGUUUUGUGUCAGGCCCUAUUCUGUGAUAGGGCCUGAACUUCAGGUUACAUACGGACUAACAUACAUAGGACAGACGUAUUAAGUAGGACAAAGAAAUGAAUGACAGAAACACUUCCAAAUGAUGUGGAAUGAGAUUAACAUAGCACCACUAAGAUCACACAUAAUAUUAUAUGUGUACACUUAUAGAUGUUAACAAAAGUGCUUAGAGUUAAUAAUAAAGUCCUGCACAAGUGAAAAUAGCUUUUAAAACAUUAAUUGAGAAAGAUACAUCAGGAUGUCCUUAUACAAACCAUUGAAAGCGCAUCGAGGGUGAUGAGUUUAACCAUAGAAAUGGUUUACAGUAUGGUAUAAUUUUCUAAAUUUAGUGUUACAGAACAAAUAGUGAGCAAUUCAUCUUGGUCUGUUGAACGUCAAAGUGAAUUUCUUCAAAAAUUUUAUAUUGUGAGUAUGGUUAUGAUUAGAAAAUAAAUGGUCAAUUUUGUAAUGUUUACUUCAAAACAAUGAGCAUCAGAGUAUGUACGAAACCAGUAAUCUAAUAAACUGCUUUUCUUCAGCAUAUGGAAGAACGUCUGGAAAGUCACAGUGUAUUUCGAGGUACCACCUCGGCUCAGCUACAGACUGCGUUAGAUGGAGUGGAAAAAUAUGUCAUGACAAAGAUAUAUAAAAUGUAAGUAUUGUCGCUCUCAAACAACAGAAUAGACUACACAGAAGCCUGACUCCUUGGGUUCUCCUAUGAUUUUGGCAUAACCGUAAUUCGUCAUCAAAAUGCUGAUGCCAUGGGCCUAACCAGUGCGCAUUUGAGAGGCAUUCACCUCCCUGAAAAUAUUAAAAAUGGCUGACGUCCAGGGGGGUAAUGCCUCUCAUAAGUGCACUGGCUAGGCCCAUGGCGUUAGCAUUUUGAUGAUGAAUCAUGGCAUGGUGUUGCUUCCUGCAAUGGCUCAGAUCAUUCGAGAUUACAUUUUUCCAUAAAUAUAAAAUGUCAUAUUUACGCAGAGUUUUCUGUCCGCCAUCGACUGACGAUGAACUAAAGGAUCUGGAAUUACAAAAGAAGAUUCGUCAGCUCAAGUGGGUUACCAGGCAACACCUGGAUGCCGCGAUUGAAUUGGAAAAUAGGAAGGUCCAGGAGUUCUUAGAAGAUGCACAAAAUGGUAAUCAGAUUAAAAUCUGCACGGGUAGUAUAUUUUUUAACUGGUCAGUGUCAAGCGGGGUGAGAGUUGAGAAACGAGAGUUUGCAUGGGAGUUUUCUCAACUCUCAUGCCCUGGUCAACGAGAACAAGAGUUGCAUGAGAGUUGAUGAGAGUUGAGAAAUGAGAGUUGAGAAAUGAGAGUUGAGAACAAGAGUUACAUGAGAGUUGCAUGAGGGUUGAGAAGUGAGAGUUUGCAUGAGAGUUUUCUCAACUCUGACGCCCUGGUCAAACGAGAACAAGAGUUACCGCGCACGUAGCAAGAACUUUCAUCAACUCUCAUCAAAAUUUGAACCAGCUCAGAGUUAAUGAGAGUGCAUGCAUGAGAGUUGUUCAGAGUUGGCGCUUAAACGCGAGCGACGGUUGUAACUCCCAUCAACUCUCAUUCUUGUUUGGCCGGGGCUCGAGGUUCGCUUCACGCACUGAAUAUGCAGUUCUCUGAUUUCACUUCAAUUGCAUGCGAGAAGAGCAGUUUCACUUUGAUUCUCCCAAGCAAGGGUUUUUCCAGAAAUUGUUUAAAUGCUCAUGCACAAAUGGUACAUUGUUUUGUGUUAAUUUUCCAGACAUUGUGGAGGUCAACACGAAGAGGGCGCCACAAGACAAGUUAGCGUGUGUUGUAAGAUGCAGUAAACGUGUCUUUCGUAUCCUUUGACGUAACGAAUUCUUGCAAUUUCGUGUCCGUCACACGCGAGAAGAGUGCUUCCAAUUGCAUCCAGUUUAGCUCUGG